AUGGCCCAAAAGCUAGGCGCAAAUCCAUGCGAAAGAGGGCCACGCCCAUCUGAGCACAAAAGCUAUGCGCAACACGGCAUAUUCAUGAAUCAUGAGCAUUCUGGCUUUAUUUCGCAUGGAUUUGUGAGUAAAAUGGCCUCUUUCGCCGCCGCCAGAUCCAUUCUCCGUUCUGCCUCAGCCCGUAGCUCUGCGGUGCGCCACGCUUCCCCGGGGAGCUCCGCCAAAGCUGCUCCAUCGCCCUUGCGUACAUCUGGCAGCAAAUCCCUAUCUCAACGCCCUUUCAGGGUGUCGGAGGACCAGAUGAAGAUGGAGAGCGGCCGACGAUGAUGUGUGAUAAAUCGGGGGAUUCAGGCAUGAUUUAUGAACAAAUUCAGCAUUCUAAGACAGUAACUGCUGAUAAAUUAGAAGCUUUGAAAGAGCAGCUGAAGAAACACUCCUCCCACUGGGUUAAGGAUGUUACCCUUAAUUGUUGAAAGCUUAAUGUUGAGUUCUUUGACAUCAAGUUGAGAUGUAUUUCCAGAUUACUGAAAAUUAAGUCACAGUUUGGAACUUUCGUUU